UUUUUUUCCCCAACAUUUUCAGCAGUAUGCCUAAAUUAACAUAGAUUACCUAUAUAUAUAUCCUCACAUAACAAUAUACGUUUUAGUGGUAAAUAAAUAAAUAUAUCGAAAAUUUUGGGAGGGAAUGAGAUGUGGACUACGGAAAGAAACGAGUUGAGAAGCAAUGGUAUUUUAUUUAUAGCGUUGUUUUGGGCAUGCCUUAGGUAGCGUGUAAUGUGUGUUCCUCAGAAAAAUAAUCAAAAUUUACUGUGGCUGAUUUGAGGUCUGACUAUAUGCUGAUGAGCAAUAUCAGGCUUUGCAAAAAAGGAAAUACCACAUAGUGCACAACAGAGACAGAAAGGAGACUCAUAAUUUGAGAGCUGAUUGUAUGGACAGCAAGAAUCAUCACAUCUUACUGCUGUACAUCAGAGAAUAACGAAAACAAAAACAAUGGGGUUGCUGUCUGAGGCAGAGGCAGCUAUCACAAUUCAGCGAGCAUGGCGAAGACAUAUUGAUGUCCAAGUCUACCGUUACUAUCGGGAUCUAAUAAGCUUUCAAAGUAGGGGAGAUCCUGCUGUGAUGUUGCGGUGUAUUAACCCUAACGAAGCCAAACUCCUUGACAGUGCAUCUGGUGCCUCAGUCCGUUUCAGGCUGGCUGGAGAGAAGUUUCCCCCUAACAUUUAUUACAAGAUCUUCACUCAAAGACCCAUCCAAGAUCUUUGUGCAAACAGUCCCAAAAAUUACACUUGUGCUUCUGCUAAACAACUAAAAGCCAAGGAACUGCACAACAGAUUACAGCCGUUGCCUCCAGCUGAUGAUCGCAGCCAGUGGUACAAACGCUCAGAGAACAAUGGAUGGCGCAUUGUUUCUGAUCGCCUCCUUCGCCACAUAAUGUACGAUCCCAUUACAUGGGAAUCUUCAAACAAGAAAUACAUCUUUGACAACAGUGGGUUGAGACGCAAACAGGAGGUGGAAAAAAUUAAGAAAGAAAGGAAGAUUGAAUGGAUGAGAAAAAUGUACAAAGAGGGAAUGCUGCAUGCCAAGGCUGAGGAUAGCGUGACAAUACACCUGAUAGAGGGGGCAGCAGCUGGCAUGAUAGCCACAGUGGACAGUCAGGGUCCAGAGGCACUCGAGGACUGGGAGGUCAAUGAAUUGUUGGAUUGGACCACAUCUCUCAACUUUGAUGAUUAUUUCAGAGAUUGGAAAAGUACGGCCACAAGUGCAGCAGCAACCAGUAAAGUUGAGAAAACUGGGAAUAUUGGCUUAGGCAGCUUGGAUCCAUAUGAGAGGACAAUGUCCACAUCUCCAUCAAGGUUUCCAUCUACUCGCCAAUCUAACUACACUCAUGCAUCUCUGAAUGACUCUAUACAUAUCAAGACCUAGCUGUGCAGGUGAAAAAUAUGUUGUUUUUAGCAUAUUUCAUCCAGAUACAUUCUUCUAAUGUGGCAGCGACAGGGUGAAUUUUUUUUAAUACAUUUUUAAUAUAUAUAUAUAUAUGUUUUGCAUGUGUGAUGUGAUGAAUUUUUAUUUUAUUCAUAUAUAUGAUUUGAAAUACUUUUUGUAGGUUUGCUUCUAUUUAGUGAUAUCAAUAGACAGUGAUUUUACUAUCUACAAAUACAUAUUGAAGCAAGGAGAUAUUAUGUUUUAAGUGAUUACAUGUAUUUGUAUGAAACAAUUGAAACACCCAUGUAUUAUUGUUAUGAAGGGAAUGUCUAAGGAAAACUUUGUAAAAUAAAAAAGAGAAUCAAACACCUAAAAUACUGUGUGAUUUUUUUAUUUGAAUAGUUAUAUCACAUUAUAAUGCACAUACAAGAAAGUAGCAUACAUUUCCACAGUAUAGCUCUAGCUGAAUUUAAGAUGUAUAUAUACAGCACCUUAAAAAAAAUGUUACCCCAUUUACCUGUGAAAAAUUUACAGUCAUGUGACACUACUUCUAUAUUCUAAAGCUGUGUAAUGUAUUUGACAUAAAACCACUAGCAUAUAUUUAUUCACUUGUGAAUUGUUAAGAUGGAAAGCAUAUAAAAUGCUAGAGGCAGAUAUAUAGACAGAUUGAGAUUUCACUUUUUGAUUUGGCUAAAUCAUUACAUUUCCAAUUAUUGCAAAUUAUGGCA